ACAACUAUAAAAAUUGGCAUAGACCGCCUUCUUAGCCCACUACCUUUUCUCCCAUGCAGCAGACACUCCCACCUUGAACUGUUAACAUAGGAACGUUGCUGAUUUCAGCACCAUGGACAGCCCCAGCAUUUUGCUAAUUUCAAAACCAUGGAACGUUCCAUAAAUGUGUCCAUUUCAGGACAAUGGGCAGUGCCCGUCAUAUUGCGUGCGAUAAAGACUUCCCUUCAAAUAACUCGUCCAGUCAUAUUUAGCUAGAAAACGGUACAAACCCAUCCCCGGAAAAAACUAUUUCUCCACAGCAGUAGAUGGCAGUAAAGUGCCUUGUAUCCAAUGUGCUAUUCUCUAGAGAUAUCCAGCAAAGAGAAACAAAGUUGCGCUUUCUGUUGUGGAUUUUGAGAGGAGCCACAAUUUACUUGUCAGCGACACCAUCUGUCGUUUCGCUUUUAUUUUACAAUAAGGAUAGCGUUUUUAAGCAGUGUUUACUGUUCUUUUGAAUGCAGGUCUAUGCAAAUUCGAUACGCUGUUUUUACUCCAAUUCUUUGCAGAACCCAACGUUUUAACUGCGCAAUAAAUAAUACGCGUUUGCAGAUGCUGUUUACCCAAACGGUGCCUGGUGCAAUAUAUUUGCUGGCUACGGUUUCCCCUCGACUUGACAGAUACAUAACACUAGUUAAAGUCUUUUUGGUUCCUCAUUAGCCUACAAGAUGUCUAUGGAACUGGAUGUGUUUGUGGGGAACACAACUAUCAUGGAUAUGGAAGUCUAUCAGCUUUGGUUGGACGGUCUCACCGUGAGUGAUGCAGUAAAGGUGCGGAUGGAUGAGGGGGCAUUAUUGGAGUGUGAGGCGAAUCCAGAGGUGCUGACCAGCGAUACCAUGGACCAGUUUAGAACCUUCCAGAUGUGUGAGCGUCUUUUACACUCCCCCACCAAACUGGGCAGUCAGCUGCUGUAUCAGAUCCCGGCCCAGAACCAGAUAAUUCUCAUUGAAAGGUACUAUGAAUUUGACAGUGUGUUUGCCAGAGAGGUGCUGGGGAAAAAGCUCUCCAAAGGGACCAAAAAGGACUUGGAUGACAUCAGCUGUAAAACAGGGAUCACACUGAAGAGCUGCAGGAGACAGUUUGACAAUUUCAAGCGGGUGUUCAAAGUGGUGGAGGAGCUCAAGGGCCCACUAGUGGAGAACAUACAGCGUCACUUCUUGCUCUCCGACACACUGGCAAGGGACUAUGCUGCCAUUGUGUUUUUUGCAAACAGCCGCUUUGAGACAGGAAAGAGGAAGCUACAGUACCUCUCAUUCCAAGACUUUGCCUUCUGUGCAGGCCAGCUCAUCAGUUACUGGACAAUAGGAGCAAUGGAUAGCAUGAUGGAGGAUAUGGAUGUUGACCUGGAGAAAGAGUUUCUGAAUGAACUGAAAGAUCUCAAGGUUUUGGUUAAUGACAAAGACAUGAUGGACCAACAUAAAAUCCUGGUGUGUGCUGCUCUGCGGGGAAAGAUCAAAGUCUACAAGUUGAUGGAGGUUAACUUCAAAAAUCUUUCUAGAGCCCUGAUAAACCUUGCAUCUAAACUUACACAUACCAAAGAUGUCAGAGAUUUAUUCAUCGACCUUGUGGAGAAGUUCAUAGAGCCAUGUCGAUAUGAUAGAUGGACAGUGGCAGAGAUCACACUCUUCCUCACUCACUACACCAAUGCCGCUCAUUGUCUUGGCACGUUCAGGCACCAGAUGAUUUGGGACAGAUACAUGGGCGUCAUCAAAAGCUGUAUCCUCCAAAUGUACCAUGAAUAGGUAGAUCCCUGGUUUGGACCUCCUCUCCUGAUUGAGCUGUAUCACAGGAGGCUCCUGAGGGGAGGAUGGCUCAUAAUAAUGGCUGGAAUGGAGUGAAUGGAAUGGUAUCAAACACGUGGAAACCAUUUAUUUGAUGUGUUCAAUACCAAUCCAUUUAUUCCGUUCCAGCCAUUACUAAUAGCCUAUCCUCCCUAAUUAAGGUUCCACCGGCCGCCUGUGAUCUGUAUUGAUCUUACUGUGAAUUCGUCUUCCCUCUGGCAUUUUUUCGUAACUACCUCAGCCCAGUGCAGUCCACUUCUCCACCUCUCCCUGAUCAAAGUGAACUAUCUGUCUCCAUCUAUCUCUUCAGUCAGUCCCCCUGUAAAUAUACUGAAUGAACGGAAUACUUUUCUGAUAUGUAAAUUGUGACUUAAAUGAAGUAAACAUAUUUGUUUUAGAAAGAUG